CUGCGUUUGGAGACCAUGAUGGACAGAGUUCACUCCCUAUGGGAUAGAGUUUUCAGUGUAAGUUGUUUUGUAUUUUCCAAUGAAAAAAGUGGGUCCAUGAUUUCCCUAGUUUCCUCUUGUCCUAGAAAUCCUUAAAAAUAAAAAUUUCUCACAUUCUAAAAACGAACAAGGAAAAAACAUUAUCAAUUGUCGUUAGGGAACGAGUAAAUGUUAGCAUAUCUUCUUGCACGCUACGCGAAUGAAACUUCCUCAGCAUCGACUAGGGUGUGGAGCAAGAACUUGGUAGCUAAUAAUCCACACGGCGUAGACAUCCAAGAAUGGUCGACAAAAUGUCACUAUCUUAUCAAUUUAUUCGCCAACUCAGUUUACGUUUACGUUUUCGCCGACUCAGCAUACGAAGAAGCGUAGACGAAGAAACAAACUCACGGACAUAGUUCAACGAGAGGGAAGACAAUUUGCUCCCCGGGGACGAUUUUAUCCAGGAACUGUUCAUAUGACGAACAAAAAGCAUAGUCUUCAGUUGGUUCUAAGUUUGACGACUGUGUUUGAUCAGCAAACUAUCUCUCCUUUUGUACAGCAUUUAUGUCCGUGCUAGUAGCACCUCUUUUCAGGGGUCUCCGUUUUCACACGCAACUGAGUAUAUUAAAGAAGAAGGCGAAUUCAAACACCAGAAAGCUCAGAAAAAUUUUCCGAAUUCUUUUCGGACGCUCUAACCACUGAGCUACUAGAACUCUAAUGUCGAGCAGGGUCGGAAUUAUAUUUAGAAGCUUUAUUUGUUUACAUUCACAAUAAAUAAAAUUACAAUUACAGACUACCUGCAAAAUAGCAGAGCUAAUCGAGGCAGGUAGUAUGGAGACGUGUCUAUUAAAUUAUACAAUCUUAUUCUCAUGACAUAAAGAUAUAGAAUAAUUACGAAAUUACCGAGAUUAAUUACAUUAACGAAUUCAAACUAUAUUAUUCCAAUGACAUAAAGAUACAAGAUAUACAUUAAUUACGAAAGUACAGACGAGAUUAAUUACAAUAAUUUAAUAAUGAAUUCAAAAUACAACAAUUCAAAGCAGCUACAGGAGGGAUAGAUGUAGAUGUAGAGGCAGAUAUAGAGGCCAACGGAGCUUGAAGCACAUUAAAUAGAAACAAGAAAAGUUUAAAUUCUUUUUAAUUCAUUUAUUAACAAAAGAAAAGUUUAAUUUCCUUUCAUUUCAUUUAUUAACGUACCUAUAUCAAGAUAAGAAUCCUGCUUUAAGAAGAUUUGAAAUAGGAUUCAGUUUGUUUUCUUGAAUCUAUAUUUUGGGAACUGUCUCAUAACAUCUGGAAUACUGUUCCAAAAUUUUGCACCCAUAAUGGAAACAGAGUUCUUGUAGUGAUUUAGUCGAGAGUAGUUUAUAUAGAAAUUACCAGCGAAAGAAGAACAGGUGUCGUAAUGAUGAAAAUCUUUAGUGGGGGUAAAAAGAUCAGAAAUGUUAGAUGGCACGACUUUACGUGAGUAAGGGUAAAGGCAAAAUAUUAGUAGAGAUAAAAAGUGGAAAAGCGUGAACACUAAACUUUGCAAAAUUCAUCAAACGGACAACCCGUUUUUGAAGAAGUAAUAUCUUGUUUAGAUGUGUUUUGGCUGCCUGUCCCCAGGCAAUAAGGCCAUAGGAAAUACAUGGAGAAAUCAGAGAUCUAUAUAUGUUAAGCAAAGUUACAAAGGGGGUGAAAUGCCUUAGCCUGGCUAUUAUACCGAUAUUACUACUGAUCUUAGAAGCGAUGUGGCUGAUAUGAUAUUUCCAACAAAGAUUACUAUCCAUCACGACCCCUAGGUACUUAACAUAUAACUUACGUUCUAUACUUAUCAAUCUAUUUAUUUGAUUGUCAUAGAUCUUAAGUUAAACUUCAUAAUCUAAACGUUUUUGAUACGGGUGAAAGAUAGCGAAAUUAGUUUUCUUUAUAUUUAAGAAUAGUUUAUUGAUUACACCACGAAUUCCGUAAUGAGACAGCUUAUGAAGUAGGAUAUCAGAAUAAACUGUAUCGAAUGCUUUUGCAGAUCGAUGAAGAACCCACAUGAAAACAUACCCUUGUCCAUGUUUCUUUGAAUUCUAUUUACAAUGUCUAAGAUGGCAUGUUCCGUUGAACAUCUUUCACGAAAACCAUAUUGAUAGUUGUAAAAUAUAUUAUGUUUGUUUAAAAAUUGUUUUAGACGAUGAUACAUAAUCUUUUCAAAGAUUCCAUUGAAGACUGAAAGAAGAGAAAUAGGUCGAUAGGGUCAGUUUCAUCACUAUCUUUAAAAAUGGGGAUAAUAACAGCAUGCUUUAAUUUAGAGGGGAAGGAUUCCCUCUCAACUGAAAUGUUUAUGAGAGUCGCUAGAGGUUUAGAUAUUAUAAAACAGACGAGCGGGACAGGACCACAGUCCGUGCGAUUUAUUAGACGGGGUCCUCAUUUAAUUCUAAUUCAAUUUCGGUUGACAGGACCGGCUCAAAAAUUAAACAAACGAGCCAUUGGCAUCAAUUUUUGGUAAAUAUUGCGUGAAUAGUUUGUUGCUAUUUGGAAUGCUUGAUGCGAGUCUAGGCCCUACAGAGGCAAAGUGCAUGACCGUUUAAGAUAUUUGCGUGGAUCUUGAGAUAGUUGAUCGUCAUGACGCCUAAUUGAACCAACUGACUUGCGAUUCUUCUUGUUCCUAUUAAUAAGACUGUUCAUACCGCCCCACAUUCUUUUUGCAUUGUUGAUAUUUUCUUCAAAAUAAUUGUGAGAAUAAAGUCUCUUACUGAGGCGAGUAAGGAUUAGAAUCUUAUUUUGAUAGAAUUUGUACAGGUUUUUGCUAUGCCAUCAUUGAAGAGUUUAUUUUUAGUUUCAAUAGAUUUGCGUAAACCUAUCCACGGUUUUAACAUUUCUUUCACUUCGUUUAGAAAUAGUUUUGAAAGGGGCGUGUUCAUGAUUUACAACUUUAUUUAUGGUAUAGAGGACAGAGAAUAACUUGUCAUCAUUAGGUUUUCUCUCAGAAAUUAAAGUUUACCAAUCAAUCUGUGAUUAAUCAUGUAAAACAUUUUCCUCUGAAAAGUGUGAGUAAUCACGAAUAGAGCAUUUCACGUUUUUACCAAUUACUGUAAGAGAGUGCAAAAUACAAAAUUGAGUAAAGUGGUCAGCAAUAUCCGAAAUCACAUAACCACUAAUAAUAUCACCAUCAAGUUUAUUUGUAAAUAUAUUAUCAGUUAAGGAGAAGGAGUUGUUUUGCUCUCGAGUAGGCUUAUCGAUAGUAGGGAUCAAGUUGAAGCUCUGCAAGGAAAAAAGGACGUUUUGAGCGUAAUUACAAUACGAGCAAUGAAGAAGAUUAAUAUUUGUGUCGCCAGUGUAAAUAAGAAGAUACUUUUUCCAGAGGCGGGCGACGUUAUUUUUAACAUAACAGAAGGGGGUUAGAACUAAUUUUUUUCUUUUGGAGGGGGGUACUGUCUAAGUUUUUGCUAGAUAACUCUAUUUUUUCAGCCCCCCCCCCCCUCCUGAUAAUUAUUGCGCAGUCCCUAAUCAACAGUGCUAAUGCCUCUGGGGGAAGGAAACGUUUUUCCAAAAGAAUCCCCUGUUGUUCUUACGUUUAAAAUUCUCAGAUCGCAUGCUUUACAAAUUUCAAGUAAAGAUUGGCCAUGUUCAUUGACGUGGAAAUCAUAUUUUUUUCUUUGCCGUUGAGCGUGUAGGGGAGGCAGGCUAUCAUCACCUGGGAUAUGUGUGCAGGGAUCGGUGUCAACGUAAUCUAGUCCACAGCCAGUUCUGGCAUUUAGGUCACCAGUCAACAUAAUAAGGCCUUCUGAACUAAAUUUAGCAAUGUCGGUCUGCAGGUCGUCAAAAAUAUCAAGGUUAAAAUAGGGGGAAUCUCUAGGGGGGACAUAAAUUGCACAUAAAAAUAUACCCUAAUUUAGGUUAAAGAAUGUGUUUUCGAGUUUGGCCCAAAUGAAAUGUGGAUUGGAUGCAAUUAGUUUGAUACUUUGUUUGAUCGCAAGUUUAAACCCAAGGGUAAUGCCACCAGAAGAACUGCCACUUUUCUUAACAUGAUGUUUACUCGUAUGUUUUAUACUAGGACGGUUAAAUAAUUCAUAACAAGGUAGACAAAAAUCAUCGUUUCUCCAGGUUUCGGUUAAAAGAUCAUGAUAUCGCAAUGGUUUAAGUAUUUAACAGAAUCAUCACUUGAGAUUUUGUCGCUUAAAAAGAAAGUUUGGGACAACCCGUUUGAGGUUCCAAUUUGAAAUGGAUAGUAAAUUUGAGUUAAAAACAGACAUAACCUAUUAAGAAUACUUAAGUUAAAUGCAGCGAAGAAACUCCUAAAGGAAAUGGAUGAAAAUCAGAACAAAAGGGAUAUAAAUCAUCACUCAGGAGUGGCGCGUAAGUUCAUAAAGUUUCAAAACAGUGGUAAUAUCCAAUGAUGGUGGGUUUCCAUUUGUUGGUGACGUGUUAUUGGGUUGAGGCAUUCUGGUCACCGAAGCCGAUAUGAAGGUUAGAUGGUGUAAGCCGCUUGCGGUCGGGGUUGUGCAAAAGUAUGUUCUGGAGAAGGAUGUGGGACAAAGAUUAGCAUGGUUUAUAGUAGGGCUGGCUUUGUGGUCUAGAAGGUUGUGCUUGUGGAGCUGGUGUCUUUGGGGGUGCGUUGUUCUGUCUAAGAACUGGUCUGUUUGUCCUGUUUAAGAGUACGUCUUUGAAGUUAGCAACCAACACUCCGAUUUUGCGCCUUUUAAUAUGUUUAAAUUUGUUAUCGCGUAAAUAAUCAGUGGGUAUAUCGUCAUUUUUCACGAGAUGUACAUUUGGAAAUUAAAGGAAAUUAAGCAACAUAAGAGCUUAAAAUAAUUUCAAUACCAUUUCCCUUUUUCUAAUAUAGCUUGCCGUUCGAAGUCCUAAAUUCUGUUCGAAAUUUCAAGACCGACGACGUCCGAGAUGCGCCAUCUUGUCUCACGAGCCGAAGAUUGCCGAAGCAACUCUCGUUUCUAGUCCUCCUCGAUCACCUCCUUCUGAGGGAUUCCAUCCAACCACGCCAAAAACAUAUUUCCCGUAAAAUUCCGAAAAUAAGCCCCUCCAUGUAGAAGUCCCCGAAACUCGUAACGCAAAAAACCCUCCGUUAAAUCGCCCCUCCAAACAUAGGCCCCGCAAGGGCCUGUACUUGGAAAUUGCCCUCAGAUACAAAGUAAAAUAAAGCAAAUACGGUAAAUGUCCUUCCAGGUAUAAAGCUAGCCCAAUCGAUUUUGAAACGCAAAUUUCCCUGCAUAGAUAAGCCCCUCCGAAUAUAAGCCCCUCAAAAAGGGUCUUUGAAAAGUAUAAGCCCCAGGCGUUGAAAUUCGUUUUCGGAUUUCGCGUUCGAUUGCAAAUUCGAAAUCCUGAUUUCAAAAUCUACAUCCAGAUUUCCCAAUCGACAGACGCUAAGGAUGUUCCAGUUCCAGUUUCUUUUUUUACUGGAACACUCAAGGAAAAGCCGGCAAGGAAUCUAUAAUGUUUAUUUUCCUGGGCCUGCGAUUUAAAUAGGAAUUUGCACGGGUCUAAGGUGUGUAAAAAUAUACAUACCUCAUAUAUUAAUUUUCUGAAACUUCAGGUCUUUGGUGAAAAAAUAUGUGAUUUUUAUUUCAGAAAGUUCUGUAAUAUUCACGAUAUAAAUUUUUAAAGUGACAGUUAGUUCUUCUACCAUAAAAAUUUUAAAUCUAGUGACUGUUCUGUUUUAGCGGCCUGCCUCAGAAAAUUUUAAACCUGAAUUUCCCCGAUUGUCGUUGGACCAUGCAUCCAUUAAGCCCAUCUAUGACGUAGUGGUUGUUGGAUCAGGGUAUGGAGGGUCGAUUGCGGCCAGCCGUUGUGCAAGAGCUGGUCAGACUGUGUGUGUGUUGGAGAGAGGGAAGGAGUGGCAUCCUGGUGAGUUUCCAGAGUCAUUCCUUGCGGCCUUUAACGAAAUUCAAAUCCAUCCUGGCGGGAAAAAUACAAAAGGUAAUGCUUACUAGUCAUGAAUAUAUUUAUUUGCGUUAUUAAGCAGUGGAGUAAACGUUCAUGAAAUUUAACACAGUUAAUAACCAGGCGUGCAGGCGUUAGUCAGUGGUCAGUCAGUGGCUCAAGCGCGGUCAGCCGUGAUUGCAUCAUCUUCAUGUGCUUAGUACAGCGUUUCCUUGCAGCCACUCUUCUUUAUUUAGCCUUUGCAUUGGAUCAUUAUUUUACCCCCAUCCCUCCCCCCUCUUUUUUUUCCACUGAUAAAUCAGAGUGACGGGUGCUUGGUUCCGUUGGUGUGGGGGAUCAUUGGCUGGAGGGCACGGGUCUACCAGCCAUGGGGGUGUAUCUCUGUCUAGGGGCUGUCUUUGCCAAAAGUGGAAGCCCCUGGAUAUCCCAAGCACCCACCUCCACUAAGCGACGCAGUUGUUAAUUAUUUAAUGAUCCCGCUGAGAACGAACACAACAACCAGAGAGCGCCCUGGAGAUUGAGCUAAUGCCGCAUGCUAGCAGUUAACAUGUUGGAAUGCAAAGAGGUGCUAACUUUACUAUUGUCUGUACUUCUGAUGUAUUAAAAAAGCCAACUGAUUUACAAAACUUUGCAAAGCAGCAUGUAUACUUAUGCUCACUGAGUCUAACUUUCUUAUUACAGAAUCUGCACCAAGUCUAAAUAACACCGAGAUCUUAUAGGAUUGGUUGAACCUUUUAAGACAAAGAAACACUCUUACAAAAUUGAAGUUAAAAUAGAAUUUUCAUAAAAACGUCUUUUACUUAGGUUUAAAUAAUUGACAUUUUAUGUAAAGAAUGAAAUGUAUAUUCAUAACUCUGCAAUCAUAUAAAAUCCACCUUGCAGGGGAACCGUCCAGUCUAUAUGAGUUCUAUGUCACUGAGGACUUAAGCGUUGUCCAGGGGUGUGGUCUUGGAGGAGGUUCCCUCAUAAAUGCCAAUGUUGGCCUUGAUGCUGAUCCUAGAGUGUAUGAGGACCAGUCAUGGCCAUCAGAACUCAAGCAAGACCUUGAAAGCCUAAUGACAAUUGACCGUAAGCAUGUGGUAGAUAUGUUGAAACCCACCCCUUAUCCAGAUCAUUACCCUAAACUGGACAAAAUAAAGCGGAUGGAAGAUGGCUUUGGUGCAUGCGAUAUUGAGGACAUUGACAAGACCUAUUACAAAACUCCCCUUUAUGUAACAUUUGAGGACAAACCAUCCAAUCAUGUUGGAGUUCCACAGCCAAAGUGCACUGGCUGUGGAAACUGCUGCGGUGGUUGUAAUGUUGGUGCAAAGAAUACUCUAAACAUGAACUACUUGCCUGAUGCCAAGGCUCACGGGGCAGAGAUAUUCACAGAGGUACAGUAGGACCUGAGUUGUCACUAGGACAAUUCUUAAUAGGCCCAGUUCAAAAAUUGAACUUCUCGUUUUUCGAACCUAAUCAUUUCACAACCUCGUUCCCAGGGUUCUCUCCUGGGAACGAGGUUGAUCACUUCAAUUAAGUGCAUGAAAAUAUCAACAUUUGGAUCAUUUGAUCACAGUCCGACAUAUUUACUUGGGUUGACCCAUGAAUUAAGUUCGAGUGGCCCACAUGGGAAUUUUGAGCGACUUCGCUUCAAACGUCGAACUUUUCAUGUGCCGAAUCUAAUGAAAAUCUAAUUUAAUUUAUUUUGACUAGUGAGCUUCGUAGACCAUUGCACAUUGUGAAAAUGAAUGUAGGCCGACGUCUAUUCCAACGUCUAGUCCGAUGUUUAGUUGUCUGAAUCAACCAUCAAACGUACAUCAUUUUGGUCGACCCAAAUAGGUAUUAAGUUCGGUACAUGAAAAGUUGCACUUUUGAACUGGUCCUUAUUUACUGAAACAUGAGUAGCCGCAGUCGUAGCACUUGGGCCAUAAAUCAAACGAAAAAGUGAGGAUCUAUGAUAUUAACAGUUCAUGGUCCACAGAAAAAAGGCCAGUAAGAUGUUUAUAAUAUUGCUAAUUCUUUAAAUCAAUAAAGCACCUGAUAGUGAAUUUACAGGCCUUUAAAAGUUAAUGAAUUUUUUAUUAGUUGUAAGAGCAAGCAAAUGAGGACAGUACGUAUCAUUGUAAGAGCUACCAGUAAUUUACAAGUUGGAAAGCUACAAAUAUACCUCAUUUUGAUGACUUUUGUGUCAAGAUGAACACACUUAAAGUAACCUGGCAGAAGUGAUAGAAAAGGAAAGAUCUUUUGCAUUAAACUUAGGAAAUGACUCAGCCAUUAUGAUUUAGAAGUAGUUCUUACUAAAUGAAUUGUCAGGUAAAUGUGAGCUGCAAGUUGUGGACCAGAAAUUACCAUAAUGUACCCCCAGAAUUUGCACUGUACUAGUAGAAUUUUACAAAAACAAUGAUAGGGUUAUCUCUCAGUUCUACCAGCUUUGAAAGAUAUCAGCUUACCUUAUCAACUAUCUGUCAAUAGAAAUCUCUAGUUCAUUGGACCAUUUGCUUGGGCUAUAGUCAAUAUUGUUAAGCCCUUGGCAUCAUGAAAUUUUUAUUACGCUGAUUACCAAUCUUUUAAAGGUAGAAGUCAUCUCAGUAACCAAGGUACCUGGCACUGCUGAGUGGAUGGUAAAAUACAAGCGGCUAGUCAGGGGCAGUUUCACUGUUGAAGAAGAAACCAUACGAGCUACUCAUGUCAUCAUAGGUGCAGGAGCACUUGGCUCUACCAAACUGUUGCUUCGAUCUAGAGAGCGGGGGCUUAAUGUAUCUAACCAAAUAGGAAAGAACUUCUCCACAAAUGGCGAUGUCUUGGGUUUCAGCUUCAAUGGCGCAAAGAAGGCCAACUCUGUUGGGCUAACAACUCAACACAUGGCAAGAAAUAAGAAACCUCCAGGCCCUUGCAUAACCUCUGUUAUGGAUUUCAGAAAAACUAAUGGAAACCACAAAAAGGGCUUCGUAGUUGAAGAUGGAACACCUCCAUCGGUGAUUUCUGGUAUGUACUCUGUUGGUUUGUCGGUUGUAGCCAAACUGAUCGGGAUUGAGAAAUACUCCUCAGCUGAAUUACUGGAAAGGGCAUGGCAGGUAGGAGUUGUGACAAAAAAAAUAAAUAAAUUUUUUCAGACCUCGAUGGUGGAGGGCUUAAAAGCACCUCUGCUUUUUGAAUCUCUUUGUGAAAUCUUUUUUAUUGUUAACCCAGUUAAUAAUAAUUAUUAAAACUAAAUUAAUUUUGUGGAGGCCUUAGCACUCUAAAUGUGUGUCUAGUAUUUACGUUUGUGACAUUUUAAGCUCAACACUUGGUGAAUAAUAAUUGCCAGUAUACUAGAGUUUCCUUCAAUAAUAUUAAGGAUUUUGAACCAAUAUGUUAUAGAACUGAGUUAAUAGAAACAGUUUUUAACACUUUUAGGAACUAAAGGGCAAAGGAAUCAACAAAAGCCUUGCUUUUUUGUGCAUGAGCCAUGAUGAUGCAAGCGGUAUCAUCACUUACGAUAACACUAACGACAGUGUUGACAUUACCUGGAAGAGAGUUGGCUAUGAGGAAAACUUUGUGACUUGCAAUCAGGCAAUGGAAAAAGUCACUGCAGGUCUCAGCGGGACGUUUGUGCAAAAUCCCAUGUGGACUCCUGCUCUUGGUAAAAGUGUCAUCUCAGCACAUCCUCUUGGUGGCUGCCCCAUGGGAGAAUCUGGACAAACUGCUGUGGUAAACCAUGCUGGACAAGUCUUUGAUGGUAAUUAAGCACAGUAUUUACUCCAUUAAAACUACGGUAUAUUUAAUUAGGGUAACCUAAAAAGAACUAUCUACAAAAGGAGUAUAAAAAAAUUUGUCCUACGCCGAUUCUUCGCACAUUAUUUAGUUCUUUUUGAAACACGUUAUAGUCCUUGCUUAAAGUGGCAACGUCACUGCAUUUAGAGCGCCCUCUUACAGCGCUGUAUCUCAUUGUUUAUAAAGAUGAGCGUUUCGUUUCUAUGAUCUGUGUAAUAACAUUACUGUUUUUAUUUUGCAAGAGGAUUAACUUGUUGUAAAAUGUGAAAUAAUGAUAUCCAUUUUUGUUGUAUGAUUUCAAAUCAUAUAAUUUGGCAAGUUUCUCUGGUGCUGGCAAAGCUGGAGAAAUUCCUGCCUGAUUUACACAUUAGAUCAAAGGCAUACAGUUCAAUUGACCGUGUUCCAGAAUAAUAAAAAAUUUAAGAAAUAAACUCUUAAAAUCACUCAUUUUGGCAUUCAUUGCUUUGAAAUAGCUAGAAAUCUGCUUGAAAUAAAAUAUCCCUUUGCAUGUAGCGAUUAAGUGGCCCAAAAAUCAUGGCACAGGAAAUUUGCAACAAAACUUUUGCGUAUUCUUAUUCUGGAAUGCGAUCAAUUAAAUGCAUGUCAAGUUAAAAGUAAUGCUUCUGAAUUUUCUUAAAUUCAGGGAAUAAUCAUUACUCACCAAUUGUUAUUCAUGGGGAUUUUCCGGGUGCUGGAACAAUUCCCGGGGGGGGGAUCCUCCUGAUUUCAUGUGACGGGAAUAAUCGAAUGGGGGAAAAAUCAGAACCCCCAAAAUUCCCUCGACCAAACAUUAAUCCCAAAAAAUUCCCAUGCUGAAUUUCCAAGCCUUGUUAACUGUUUUUAUGAAACAGAUGCAAUAUAAUGAAUUAAUUAUUAAAACAGUCGCUAAACAAGGUGGCCGGGGAACGUGGGCACUACCACGAAUCUUGAGAUUGUUUUGAACACCCAAAACAAUCCCUACUUAAAUCAAGCCACCUAAAAAAUACUUGCCAAAUUUUCCAACCCAAAAAAAUAACGGAUUUGAAAAUUUCAAUUCCAAAAAAAUCCUUCAAUCAUCCCUGUCACUUGAAAUCCGCAGUAACCCAACUGGUCACUCAUUAAGGAAAUUGGUAAUCACGUGACCGGACACCGAACGACCGUCCGUCGGCACCAAACGCAUACCAAUGUAAAAUAACUCAAUCAACAGGUAUGGCAACCGAAAUGCAACUCGAGGUUAUUUUGGCAGAAAAUUGCAUAGCCACCCGCGUCUUGUAAAGCAGAGACAACUAAAGAGUCAAUAAAGACGAAAACGGAAAAUGGAAAUUCUUUCUGUAUUCUUGUUGUCUAAAGCAUUACGCUUAGAUUAUUUGUCAGGUCCACAAAUUUGGAAUAUAGAGCAAGAGAAAGACAGAGAAAAAGAGGAAGUAGGCGGCAGGCCAGCGAAGCUCAACGAAAAAAAGGGGGACAGAGAUCUAGAGCGAGAGAUAAAAAAAAACAAAGGAUACAUUAAGGGGGGGCUGGCAACGGCCUUUGAUCUUGCCGCUUUUCGUUUUUCCAUGAUCUCCCCAGUUAAGAAAUCUGUCAAUCAUUCGAGAACUGUAGCGAGCAAGCGCGAAACGGGCUGAGAACAACAACAACAUCAAGAAGUUCGUCUUCGUGGAGAUUCGACGGUGUGAAGUGAAUUUGGUUUUGGUCCUGUUGGUCAUUGCUUUCUUUGCUGUAACCGAUUUUUUUCCGCGGUAAUGUGGGUCUUACGUUUUCCUUUCUUCUGGUCUUGCGUUUGUCAUGUUACAUGCGGUUUACUGCGCUAAGAACGAGACCAGUGAACAGUCAUUGUACAUGUACAUGUUCGUCGAUGCCCGACCUUUUGGCUCACUACAGGCUUUCAAGCUGUGUUUCUUUUUAGAAGACCCAUACGACUAGAAAAAGUGCCAACCUUCCAAUGCGUAUGUAGAAGAGUUUAUAUUUUCAAGUGAAAGGCCGAAAAUUAAUCCUUCGUGACAUUAAAAAAAGCGCGGUGGCCGUGGUCAAAUAGAAGAGUUGUCAGAGUUGUUUACGGUUUUCGUACACGUUUAAGACGAAAAGAAAUGAAGAUUGAGAUUCUUAAUUCUUCAUCCUUGAUUGUGAACUUAUCCUGGCAGAGUUGCGUUGGAUGAUUGAGUGUCAUAUGGUCAAAUCUCGUAGUUCAUGUAGUUUGUUAAUUAUGUAAUAGAAGCUAAAUAAAUUUCGCCAAGAGAUCGUUCACUCUUGAUAUUCUUUAAUAAGUUCUUAUCUUCGUGUGAUUUAAUUUAAACUUUACCGUAGUUUUUAAGAAAUGAAUAUAGGCAAAUGAAAGGGUAAUUAUUUUGUGUGUUUGGAAUUCUCUUUUCAUGACAGCAGUCACUACACUGCCUUCAGUUUGUUGUUUUGUUGUUUUGUUGCAAACAAAGAGGGAGAAAUUAUAAAUAUUUUAUUCCAAAAGCUACACUACCCACUGGAACAAGAGUAUGGUUUAAAACGAUUAGCUAGGGUCAGAAAAUAAAUGUUCAAGUUUGCAUGUUUUGACAAGGACUACAUCUGGCUAAAUAUGCUUCAAAGGGAAUUUCUGAAAUUAAAAAAAUGAUGACAUUUCUAUUUUUGCCUUUCCUUUUGCCAUAUGGUUGCAUGUAAUGUUUUACACAUUUGGACAUCAACCUACCAGGUUAGUUUGUGUCUGUGUAAAAAUGUAGUUUACUGUUAAUGAAAUCAAAGUAAAGCCUCUCAGCUUUAAAAUUGCCUUGUACUAGUGGAUAUUGAAAACACCAUAGGAUGCCUUCGAAAAAAAAUGUAAAAUGAUUAUUAAGAUAAUAUUAGUUGCAGUCAACAAUAACAGUUAGAAACUUGUGUUAAGGCUUGCAAAAAUAUGUUUCAGAGACCAUAAGCCUUCACUGACUUUGCUGUUACAAUAAGUGGUAAAAGGGAGUUAAAAUGUGAGAUCACCUCCCUGGGCUUACACUGAAAGAGAGUAUGGGUAGUAGGACACAUUGUGCAUUUCCCUACCCUUUUUAAGCCAAGAGACAUUAUAAUCCUGAUUCAUUUCCUUUAGCAUACAGAAUUAAGGUAGCUUUUAAACUUAGAAACAUGGCAAAACUUGGGGUAAAAAUGGUGGUACCAAUAGACUGUACUCUAUAGACCACAGUGAGGUCUUCUUCAACCUUCACAACCCAAACAGACACCUUGUUCAAACCUCUAAAGGGUGAAAUGGAUGGUCACCACCCUAAAUCAGCAGCACAUACCCAUCUAGGCCAAAUAAGCCAAGGGUAGUAUCGUAGAAAGAACUGCUGAGAGGAUAGGGCUCAAGCCCAACAAUAACUUCUUUUGAUGGUUGAUAAAAAAGCAAUUUUACCUUGUAUAAUUUAGUUGUAAAUCAGAUUCAUAACUUACACAAACAAUAAACUUAAGUUGUAUAUUUUUCAAGCCUCUUCUGAUUGUCUUUAUAAACUUUGCAAAACAUUCACUUUUGUUUUUUCUGUUUCUCGGUACUUCAGUCCUUUGAGGGAUUUUCUCAACGCAUACCCUUUCCUGAUGUACUCACUCUUAUUAGCAACUAAAUUAGCCUCUUGUUCUUACACUAAACCACUAUUAUCAUUCAAGUAUAAUUCAUCACUAAAGGGUACUUUUUGUACCAACAAUUUCAAGGAAAUACUUGAACCGAAGUAACUAUCUAAUACAAAACUAAUAAACGGUAUUGCUGUUGGAAAUUUAUUGAUUAUCACUCCAAUGACAUUCCAGUGAAGGUUUUGAAGGUUCAAUGAACCCCUCCCUGCAGCCUUUUGAUAUUAAAAAUAGCUUAUACUGACAGACCCAGUAUAUCUGAAGCAAGUGAUUGGAACAUUUACCCUGGUUUUUACUAAAUUGGCCCUUUAUUCUGUAUUCACGCCCAUAAAUAUUUGUUGUGCCUCCCGGUGUACACAAACAAACUUACGAACAGCGAAGUAGAAAACCAGUGGUUUAAUGAACAUUCACAUAUGACUGUUGCAAGACCCAUACCAAUAUAUUGUGCUCGUAGCAUAUGUUUAAGAUAAGGAACUUAAGAGAGUUUUAAUACCACUGUAAGUGGAAAAAUAUAAGAAGCAAUAAGAGCAAGAUGGACGCUCGAAAAUUCACGAAGCUUAAAAAUAACUGAACUUGCCGAGAUCCCGAAUCACGAUAAGUGAAGUCACCCAUGAACUUUUCACAAAUCACGCCUCCUGAUGUCCAAAAGGUCCAUUAAAAAAGCUCAUAGAAACCUUCUUGUGAUAUUUUUUCGCGGGAAAACUUAAAACCGAGCAAAAACUCAUCGUCCUUCCAUUUCUCCAUCCUCCGCCAUAUUUGUUUUCAAGGAAAAUUUGUACUCAGUUUCACUCGGCCGAAUUUCUUAACUGGGGCGAUCAUGUAAACUCGGUUCCAGACCUCGCUGCAAGCCCCCCUGGAUACAUUUUUUUGUGGAAUAACAACAUGAAAAUAUUGUAGCGGCGGUGACAAAAGGAGAAAUGCUAGCGGCCACCAAUGCAGUUGAAAAUGAGCAGCAGUGAAAAAAAGUGAACGAGACACGUACGACAUUUCCUCCAAAAAACGUGUAACUAAGAAGUUUCUGGACGUUUCACGUUGUAGUCGUGCAAAACAACAUCAAAGAAACGUACAAAAAAAAAAGUGUGCUGCACGUGCAAAGUCGCUUUUUUGCUAAUCAGACCUAUUGUUGUUUUUCACCGUUCUCCGGCGUUGCCUUUGCCGCUUAGCAUUACACGAUUUUAUAUUUUGUUUGAACAAACUAUAAAUAUUAUUGAAAACUUCUCUUUUAGCCCUGGCUCAAUUUAUAAGUUAAAGUAAUGCAUGGUAACUUAUAUCAUUUUAGGUGAUUCUGGUAAUGUGCUUGAAGGACUCUAUGUUGUAGAUGGUGCAAUUCUUCCAAUAGCUGUUGGUGUCAACCCAACUCUUACUAUUUCGUGCCUGGCAGAACGCUGUCUACGACUUCUUGCUAAAAGAGAGGGCUGGCAUAUAGAUUAUGACACGUUCAAGCCACUGGGUGAGUUCUAUUUACCGUACUUGUUUUUAAAUGCUGUAGGUUGCAUAAAGUACUACAAGUAAAUAUUUAUCACAGUUUGUAGCGGAGAACCGUGCGUAAUAAAAUUUGGUUAUCUUUGCGUCCAAGAAAUUUUGGUUUGACAAAAUUGUCCGUACGUACACCCCCCCUGUCGUGUUAGUGGAUUUGAAAUGUCACACUACACUGUAGCUACAUGUCCAAAGCAUACAGCUGUUUCGAGAGAGGUUGUUGGAAGAAAUGUGCACGUGACAAUCCCAAAAGGUAAUAUGGGAUAUGAUCAAUACACUGUCCCUAACGACUGAAGCUGUCGAACCUACUUUUGUUGAUUUCUUUAGCACUCGCAAACAUACGUCCGUGGCCUCCCGUACCAUUCUUUCAAAUUUCGUUGAAGAACAGUGCCCUCAAAACCACCCACAAUACCCGUCGGGAUUGUCGGCUGCACUUUUUCCGACAACCGUUCCCGAAAUAGUUGUAUACAAGCUGUGUUAAACUUGGUAUUGGACACCCAUGUUGUGGUCAAUUGACAGUUGUCAAAAUAGUUUAUCCGGUGACCAGUGUCACAUGACCGUAUCGUUUCAGGUGUACAACUCGUUGAGGUGAUGUGUUUUCUUAAAGUUCUCGGUUAAUCAGUUAUUGUUUUUAAUGGAUCACAGGCUCAGGUCAAUUUGUCAGGAAAAAUUCAGUUUGCUUCUGGUUUGUGGCAAAAUUGGAGUUUGAAAUCACAAGCCAUAGUCAUUCGGUGGGCUGUAAACACUCUGUGAACGUCUCAGGACUCUAUAUUAAUAAUAUUUUUUUUGCAGAUCAAACUAGCUUUGUCAAACCAAAGCCGGGAAUUCGCUUCACAGAAAAGAUGGUGGGGACAUAUGAAUCAUCGAGCAACAAAGGCAAACAAAUGCCUUGUGAAUUUACACUUACCAUUGAGUCGGAUGAUGUGGAACAGAUGCUUAACUGUGACCCAUCUCACUCUGCUAAAAUAAGUGGAACAGUGACAUGUCUGGCAUUAUCCUCAUCUCCACUGACGGUUUCUGAUGGUAUGUGCACUGCUUUUGUUGUUGUUGUUUUUUAAAUGUGUAUAAGUACAUUACCAAGAGAGAUUUAGGGUUAUCUAGGGUAACACCAAGAAUAAUACCGUGAAAGGUCUGUCAAGUCACUCCUACGAUUUCAAAAGGAUUGAUCUAACUUCAAAGGGACCUAAAUAAACGAAUAUUGCGUUUAAGCGUUUAAGCGCUUUUUGUCACAAAUGCAGCGCUUAUUCCAGUAAAUGCAGUGUGCUCCUUUUUGAGAAUCGAUCCACAAGGGGUAUUUUCCGAGAAGAGGUCCCACGAAAUCUACUUUUUGCAGGAGAAUUUGUUGUAUGCAAUAUCUAAGUUACGAUAUGUGUAGUUCCAUUUGUCACUUAAAGUUAUUUGUUAGAUAGAGUGUAGAGUUGUACAUACAGUGAACACAGAGAGUAGAUCAUGAGUCAAGCGUUCGCCUACAGGAGCUUGAAAAUACAAGAUUAUAAGACCGUCGCCUCAGAAGUGAUCGCGGUCGCUUACGAGAGGUGUUAAUUUACGAGACUGGUACCAACUAUAAGGCUUUGACUGAAAAACUUUUGGUCUUUUGGAUUGAUGGUCGCUUACGAGAGGUGGUCACAUGUGGAGUUUCCACUGUUUUUGUUUGUGCUAUAAUAAUUUUUUGGAUUACAAGAUAUUCUUAUUAUGUAAGCUUUUGAUACAGAAGCAUUUUCAAUAAUAGUGAAGUAAAGUUUAAAGAACCCUUGUAUAGAAUUGGAUGAACGGAGUGUCUCUUUUAGAGAGUUAUUACUAAUCCAGCAGAAUGUCUCAAGUGUGAAACAAAGAUAAGAAUUUUCAAGUCCGUGACAGGAUUGGAACCUAUGACCUGUGAAACACUGGGCAGGCGUUCUAUCUGAUUGUUAAGCCACGGGGAGACUCAUGAAAACAAGGCGAUUAACUGGUGUGUCUCUUUGUUUUUGGUAGGCCAUUUUCAGCUGUUCAGUACCAGUAAAGAGAACGUCGACACCAAGAACAUGGUGUAUAAAAUGACUCUUAAUGGAGAUGGGGGCAGGCGGUUUUCCUUUGAAGGUGUCAAGUAUGUCCACAAGGACCAUUUUGGUGAAACUGGAUUGAAAGAUACCACAACACUGUUCGUCAAAAUCUUCCGCCUUGGUAAGGAAGAGCCCUUGGGCAACGCAACACUCUACAUAACUGCUGCCAACUUUGCUAAGCAACUUGAGACAAUGGAGAUCAUUAAUACCCAGAGCACACGUGAGAAGCUGUAUUGGAUAGCACGUUUUGGUGCGUUCUUUGCUAAAACCCUCUGGGAUGUGUACGGUCCAGUCUCCUCGUUUGAUAAGUACUUUAACCCUGAUGCUCCGCCUAGGAAGAAAAGACCUCUGGAGCUGCGUGGAUGCCUUCCUGAAGUCUUCAACUGCACCACUGAAGACAAGGUGAGUUUUUGUAGGUUUUAGGGUUGCUCACUGAAAUUUUCCAAAAAAUGUAAUUUCACGAUCGUUAGUUGGAAAAAUUGCUUAAUUCUUUGUGCGGACGAAAUGAUUCUGGGCCAUAAAAUAAAUUAAAGUCUCUUUUCAGGAUAGGAAAAUGAGCAAUUGGGCUGGUUUGAAGGCCCCGGCGGCACAUCUCUACCCCAAUUUUCCUUGCGCUCCCCGACGGCGGGAAGAUAGGCCAUACCGCCAGGUUCUACGUCUCCUAAACGGUUCGAAUAGUAAUGUUUUUUUUUUUAACAAUCCCUUCUAACUGAUUGGGAAGCUUGAAGAAGACAAGGGAGUACUCACCACCCAGGAAGGCUUUCAUCUGAACGGAGACAAAUCAAAGCAAGCACAUGUUCUUGUUUUUCCUUUUCAAGAUCCUGGCUAGUGGUUGCUUGCCCUUGAGUCUUUUGUUCCUUCAUUCAACUACAUAAAAUUGUUAUGUUUUCAGUUUGAAAUAGCAUUGACUCGCUACAAUGGUGGCUCAAAAGGCCCAGUUGUAAUGUUUCACGGAGCUGGAGUAAGUAGUGGAAUGUUUAGCCUUGACACAAUUGACACCAACCUUGUGGAAUAUCUGGUGCAACACAGGUACGAUGUUACAUUUGCCACUGUAUCCUGUAGUAACCCAUUAGAGACCUUUAGAUUCUAAGACGAGGACGACUACGAGGUCGAGAUUUUCUCAAUAGCUAGUAGUGCGCGUGCGUGAACCAGCGUCAUUUUGGCGAGAAACGUGAUAUCCGUCGUUAUUCUGUUACGGACAGGCGGGGCCUGAGAAUAUCGCAGAGGCGAAAACAAAUUUUCAAAUGUUAGAAUUCCAAGUCAUUUAAUUUUGCCCUCGGGAGGGGGCUUAAUCCCCUUCAAUAAUAGUAACCCUUCUAUCUUUUCGUAUGACCAGAAAUGCAUGCAACAACGAAAAUGGCAAAUCUGGCGAAAUUUCGUCAAAGGUUUGGCGAAAAUUCAAGGAUGUCCAAAGGGGCCCGUUGAAAAGUGACGAGUGACGAAAAUGGCAAAUUGGGAAAAAUGACAAAUUUGGCGAAAAUUCGCCAAAGGUUUGGCGAAAAUUUAAAGGUGUUUAAAGGGGCCUCUUGAAAAGUGGUGAUUUUGACGAAAAUGGCAAAUUUGGCGAAAAUGACGAAUUCGCCAGUUUGGUCUCAUCGCCAUGUUUACCAUUUUGGUCAAAAUCGCCACUAUUGAAGGGAACCCUUCGAACAUAUCAUAAGAAGUUCAGUCACAUCUUCGACGAAUUUCGCCGAAUUCGCCACUUUCCAAGGGGCUCCUUUGCGAUCUCAUUUGGCAUAUAGUUACGGGGUUGACGAAUUUUUGCUAUGCUCGCCAUUUUCGCCAAAUUCGGCACAUUCGUCAAAAUCGCCACUUUCAUUGGGCCUCUUUGACUUGUCGUUGGAAUAUAUUGUUUAGACUUUGGCGGUUGUUCGCCAAAUUUGCCAUUUUCGCCAAAAUAGCCCCUGUCAAAGGUCAUUUUAAUUUUUGCCAACCCUUUGGCGAAUUUGUUUUGCCAGAUUCGCCUAUUUCAUCAUUGCUGACAGGGUUUCACUAUUUUCGUCAUAUUCGCCACUCUCCAAGGGGCAUUUUUGGUAUCCAAUUUGAAUAUUUACCAAACCCAUGGCAAAUUUUUGCCAUAUUCGCUAUUUUCACCAGAUUUGUCAGUUAUGUCAGGCAGUUUUUCCAUUUUCGUCAACUUCUCUACUAUACAAGGUGCACCUCUUGUAAUCUCAUUUACGUUUCCGCUAGCCCUCAGGCUAUUUCUCGCCAGAUUCGCCAUUUUCGCCCUUGCGUGCUUCUCUGGACAUAAGUGAACUUCUUUGGCUAAGAAACUUUACAGUGAAACCUGUAUUAAGCGGACAGUAGCCAAAGUCACCAAUUUUUCCCCCUUGUUAAGCGGUCACCCCUCUUCAGCGGACGCGGACCUCUAAAUAGUGGAUGCAAGGGUCAUUUCUAUUGUUACAAACCUGUAUUAAACCGAUACUUGUCAUUAGACUCCACUAUCCAACAUGCCAGGCACCUGGUAUUCAAACUGGAUUUCCACCGACAAAUUUGCUGAAUUUACAAAACGCAGUUGACUAAAGAUGUAUUAAUUUGCGAUAACAUUGUCGAAUACUCAGAACUCGGAAAAGAAACCAGAAAUACAGACGCGUACACGAACUGUUGUAGUUCUUAAAACAGCUAGUAUCCUGUAAAUUCUUCGUCGGUCAGAUACUCUUUUAACAGUUACAAGAUAAAAUCAGUCACCUUGCUAUGCGUACUCGCAGCAUUCAUUUACCCGUUUCCCAUCAGUUUUACAGGUCUGUUUUUCUCAUUUCGUUUUGUUUGUAUAGAGUUUGUUUUACUCAUUGAAUUGGUCCACUGAAGUAUGAAAUACUGCAAACUUAUAUCGUCAUACUCUCUCAAUCCCACUGUUCAACAUAGCACGAAACAUGUUGCGAGUUAAACAAAGAGUUUAGACUUGCCUGUGAAAAUGUGCCUUAAGCUAUCGGACGAACCAAAUUUUUUUGGAUGAGAUUCCUUUUUCCCCUUUUAUGUGGGGAUACUCUCGCUCAUACCUUUUCUUCCUUAAUUGAAAGCGGUUGGUACUUCAUGUAAGUCUUUCUUAUAAGUAGUAUCCUUAAAAGCUGUGUUCACCUACUGAGCACAGUUACAUGGCUUCACUAGGUAUGAUGUUUGGCUCGUUGAUUGGCGCACUUCGUGUAAUCUUCCAUCAAUGGUUCGCAAGGACUACUCACUGGACGACUGUGCAGCUUUUGAUUACCCAGCGGCUAUCAAUAAAGUGAUAGAAAUCACUAAGCAGGUAUAUAAACCAGAAGUGUUGGUAAAAGUGGUUGCAUGCAACACAGUUUCUUUAGAACUGCUGUAUGUUGACAUCUUUAUCAUAAGGCGAUAUGCAGCCAAUGAGCUUUUAAAGAAAAGAAAGUGCGAGGACGAACUGAGAAAAAUGUCCAAAACUUGGCAGUAUUAAUUUAUUCUGUUUUCGUCGGUUUUGACAAAAUACGUGAUCUCAGUGCGCAAAAGAGUUGGCAUGUGUACUUAAGGGGCAAUUUGAACAAAGGAGUUUUGAGACACAAUAAAGUUUGAAGCUUAAGUUUUAUUGACUGAAUGGAGCCAAUGCAAAACGUCUGCUGGAUUGAUAUUCUUUAGUGUGAACUAAAAUUAGCCUGACAAACCUCGCUUGAGAUAAUGUAUUGUUUUCAAUUUUGUACUGAAGAAUGAGUCUAGUCAGGUUAAUUUCAAUUUACUGCGCUUUUCUCAAACAUGUGAACUCUAAAGUUCAAAAGCCGCCUUCGCAAUUGCGUUUUUCGCUGCCGUCAAUCAUAAUCAACACAGAAUUGACUUAAAAUAGCAAUAUCCUCAUGGCGUAGCCCCUUAAAGCCUGGUGAACGAAUUGGGAUGAUGUUUGUAUAUCUUCCUGCAGAAAGACGUUCAGGUGGUGGCGCACUGUGCCGGAUCUUUGGUGUGUUUUGCUUCUCUCCUGUCUGGCGCGCUUGAGGGAAAGGUCAGGAGUCUGGUGGCGAGUCAAGUGGCUGCUAAUCCCAUUCCCUGCUCGUUCAAUAAGUUGAAAGCUGGGCUUCAUAUUCCAGGAGUAAUGGAGGCUGUCGGAGUUAAGGGAUUGACAGUUGACACAGACGAUCAUACGUCCUGGGCUGGCUGGCUUUUUGAUAAAUUUGUCAAAGGCGUUGAUUAUUUGUUUUUGCCAUAUGAGGAACUUUGUCGUAACCCUGUUUGCCACAGGUAUGGAGCAAAACCUGUAGAAAUGUACUUUCAACCUUAAAGACAAUUACCGUUUGAAGUUUCCCGUUGGAAUGUUUAUAAGCUCACUACCAGGCCCUGGUUGUUUAAUCGUUGAAUGGCGUUAUCCAACGGAUAAAUCACUAUCCAUCGGGCUAAAGUAGUAGGGAAACCAAUGAUGGUACCGACUUGAUAGAGAUUUAGCCAGUGGAUAGCGUUUUCCACCUUUCAAACAAUUCAGCCCAGAAAGUUAGUAAGUUUUAAGUAUAACGGAUGGGAUAAAGGGAAAUGAUGUUUAUAUGUUUAGAGAUAUUAUUAAAGUAGGGGCACCCAACGGCAAUUUUCGGAAAAUAUCUGUUCGGAAGACGAUUUGAGAUCUAGAAUUUUCGGAACAUUUGUUGUAAAAUUUCUUGCUUGCCUGCCUCUCCUAGGAUUUUCGAACAACUACAAUAUGGUAUAAUUACCCAUUUUUAACGGAUUUUGACCCUAAAAAAGGCCACCUAGAAUUUUCGGAGGCCUUUUGCUGGCUGAAAUUUUCGAGAAGGUUAGUUUUUAUCCCUAUAAUUUUCGGAUCACUAGACUUUCAGCUAGGAAAUCCGAACAGAUGAAAAGCUUUUAGGGGAUAAAAAUAUGCCUAUAUCUACCGUUUAAAUACUAAAACACGUUCAACCAUGCUAUGUUAAGCGGUUUUGAACUAUAUCCUCGUUGGGUGCCCCUGUUAAAGAUAUUAUAUAAAUGUGGUGUCACUACAACCAGCUGCAAAAAUACUUGAGACAUCAGUACCUUAUUUGGGCUUAACGGCCUAUCAAUGAUCUUGUAAUUGUGAUCCCUCCCUUCCCCUUGAGAAAUUUGCUAACAAUACGAGACCAUGCUCAAAACUUGAAGGAACGAGUUAGGACGUGACUUUUAUUUCUCAUAGAUGUGUGCCUAUCAGCAAUUUUUAAUAAAACAUGAAAACAUGAAGCCGGUUUUUUUACAAGUGGUUGUAGCUUUGGGCACGAUGAAUUCGUUUAUCGCAUCUCUUUCAUAAUUGAAAAAACCUUUUUCUCUUGUUUCAUGUCAAAUUGAGCAGAAUAACCUUUACUUAUGGCCUUCUAUGGGAACAUGAAAAUCUCACUCCACUGACGCACGAUACUCUGCACGAGUUCUUUGGCUACAUAACAGCAGAGUGCAGCGCCCAGUUGGCUCUGACGAUGAGAGAAAAAAAGCUGGUUUCAGCUUCAGGAAAAGACAUCUAUUUGCCUGAUGUGGACAAGGAUGAUCGGAUGGAUAGCGCAGCAUACAGGAAGCAUAUUAACCGACUAGAUAUGCCAAUCUGCUUUAUUGUUGGUAAGAAAAAUUUCUCUAAAGUCAACUAUGAAGAGAAUGGCUUUAGUUUUAUCGUAUGUUCAUAAUAAAGAGAUUAGGAAGGCAAAAUGUCAUGGGUUUAUGGAAACGAAGACCAAAGUUGAUGCAUUGUUCAAUAUUUUGUUUUAUAUUUAUCAUAAAAUUGGAAAUAACACAAGAAAAAAAUGCUUAUUGCAAGAUGUACAGAGUUAUAUGGCUCGGGUACAAUGCGCGUGGUAGUAUGUGUCAAUUUGUACAUUUCGUUACUCAGCCAUCCUUGAUCAAUCAGACAUCCAAUGCCCCGCUUUUUUGGUGCCAUUUAUUGUUGCACUGUGUAUACCACAUGCUCUUGACUUCGGUGGAACCUGUGUUCAACGGUCGCCCUGUUGAUUUGAGAACGUGAGGCGCCCGCGUAAUGCGGGAUCUUUAAAGAUACUCACUGGGUAUAGAAGACAAACAGAUUUACCCGUUAUUCAUUCAUACUUCUGUAUAAUUGUGCAACAUCGGCGUAAGAUCCUCAAAUUUGAUGAUUUUCUGAAGAAUUGGAAAAUUUGGAAGGACGGUUUGAUCUAAACAAGAUCUAUCUACUCGAGCCUCACAUUCACCCAAAAGCUAGGCAAGUACACUAUUAAGAGAAUCACCGUGAUAAUUGGUAUUUCUGACUUCUAUGCUUCAUUGUUAGGAGAGAAAAACAGCUGCUAUCUUCCUGAGAGCACCUUGACUACAUUCAACCUUGUAAAAGAAGCCCACCCGCAUCAAGAGUAUUCUUGGAUUCAGAUUCCUGGCUAUGGGCACUUGGACUGCAUUUAUGGAAGAGAUGCAGUGCAUGAUGUUUAUCCGCACAUUUUAAAGGCUUUGGAUGCGCAUGCUCAAGAUGAUUUGCAUCGCGAUAAGGCAGCUCGUCGCCACGUAUUGCGUGCUCUGAAGUCUCUGGAAAUCAAUCCAGGUAUGAUUGUCAUGAACCUAUAUGUUAAGCCUCAUACCCCCUCGGAGGUAACAUUGUUGGCUCCAAAUCCCAAUACACAGAUCAGAGUAAUCUCACGCAAGAUGAUUUUCUUUUUGCCGGUGUUUACUCUCCUGUUGUAUUACCGAAAGUUUCUCUAUUAAAUUUAUCUUGUAAUCUAGUCUGUGAUCUUGUCAUUUCUUAUAGGAAUCAUUGAUUCAACUGACGCACCUCCUGCUAAAAAAACAGACUUGGAACUUCUGUCUAAAAGCGAAGUAAAGUUCCCGGAUGUUGAUCCCGAGUCAUCAGACAUGACUGACUACCAAUCAGAUGAUUCAGAUGAUGACGAUUCUUCGUCUCUGGAGCAGCAGGAUCAGAAGAACAUCUGGGAUGAGAUUAAUAAGUUGACUCCUUUGGGGUCAAAGCAAACAUGGCUAUCAAAGCCGAAUGUGAAUGUCCCGCUCAAGAAAGAAUCAAGGUUUGUCGGUUUUAUUUGUAUGCGUUAGUGUAAGGUCAAGAUGCCUCAAUAUUAUUGGCCAAGUUCUUUUUUCGCUUUUUUAUCGGUAUAAAUAUGAAGUGCAAUAAUAUUCUAAAUUCGCAAUGACCGGAGAUUGUUUUAAAGGCGACAGAAUAUCUAUAAUGGAAAGGAUAUUCCAUAGUUUGUUUUCUUUUUUUGGUGGCUUUCUCGCCUCAAUGCGGACCAUUUUCCAUAUUUUAAAUUUCCUACUUGGCUUUGAGGCUUGGAGGAAUAAAAGAAAAAAACUAAUAUUGAGGACCAGCAGUGAAUAGUACAUUUCUUUUUUUUUAUUCCCUCAAGCCUCUGAGCCAAGUAAGUAUGAAAUGGACUCGUGUAAAGAAUGUUUUUCGACACGAAAAUUGUGAGACAAGAAAGAAGAAAAAUAAAUCAGUAGGGAUCUAUUAUUUCGGAGGCCAACAUCCAGCUAUCUAAGUAACCGAACACUGAGCUUGGUCAGUUAAGGGUUUUUUUCUGUGGCCAAGGAAAAAGUGAAUAAGUGGAUAAGUGCAUCGGUUACAGGACAUUAGACAAUUUAUAAUUAUGUAGAAGGGCGAAUAUCUUUAUAUCUGGUUUAGAAGGUGGUUGCGGUAAAUUAACCAUCUUCUUUUUCCUCAUGUUUUAUUUCAUUGGUUCGUAAGGUACGACCCCUCUAUCGACAGUCAUGGAGAAGGGGUCACUGUGCGAGAAAUGGACAAUCCUAACCAUCCAGAAAGGAAUGUGAUCAUUAGCAUGAGCGACCUUCAUUUGGAUAGCAUCUGGAGUAAGAAUGAAAACAACAGAAUCCAGACCUUUCUCAAAGACUUAGUAGAGCUUGCAAAGGUAAGGUAUAGUACGGAGACUGAAGGGCUGUUUUCUGUAGGCAACAUUACAGGGUCCGAUAACGCGAAUGAUGCACGGCUAAAUAUUAUUUAAAAUUUGUUGCCCAAUAAAUUGUGUACUUGCUGAUGUCGUAGCCUUUUGAAUGAGUAGUUCAGGGUACUAGCUUUCGACGAAACGAUUUUUGGAAUCCUUUCGGUGGACAAGCAGUUUUCUUAGUUAGAUUGGUCAACGGUAUUCAAGGCAACUCUAAACCACUACGCCUAACGCUUGUACCCAGUCUCCCUGGAGUUUCUGAAGUGGGGAAUAGGCCUUUUUCAAAAAUACCAUAAUACUCUUUUUUGUCCCUCCAAAAUUUUGCAUAAGCAUUGUUUCCAAUUUCUCUUGGGGCGAUUGUAAGUCCCAAGAGAAAUUUAAAACAAUGCUUAUGCAAAAGUUUGGAGGGACAGCAAAGAGUAAUAGGUAUUUUUGAAAAAGGCCUAUACAAUGAUUUUGUUACAAACAGUUAUGGUGAGUCCUGGGACUCAUCUUAUGAAAAACCAUGAGUCCUUGUCCAGAACCAAUGAGCGCCAGAUAAAAAAUAAAAAUAGAGUUCUAAAUUGAACAUGCUUGGGCCUUUAUGUAACCAAACAGUUAAUCUGAAGACAGACGCCAAAACUAUAUAUUACAGUAUACUGAAAUUUAAAUAUCGCCCUUCUAUAUAUUUAGAGCACAAAAAAGACUAAAAUAUUUAUGCAUCUUUAAACAACAGCCACAGAAAUCAAACAACCAAUAUAUUCUACCAAAAAAUUUCCAAAUAGAUGGAUCAUUCGCUUGCCAUGAAUUAAUUUGCGUCUUUGGGGAUUUUUGUGCGUCAGAGACGGAGGCCGCGCAGAGGUAACAAAAUCACUGGAAAUAGUUACAAAUUGCUCAAAAGAUGUUGAAGUUUUUUUAGUUGCCGGAAUGCUGUCUUCAACACAGUAUAACGGCGUAAUUUUCUUAUGUCUCUUUGGCAAUAACCCUAAGAUAAUUCUUAUUUUUGAAUUAAGGUGACGUCAUGAGAAAACCAAGAAUUCUUAUAAUUAUGGAUUGUAAUUGGACCUAAAGGAAUUACGGUGUUUAAAUGAAGUUACCUCACCUUACCUAAACACUGCAAUUUAGAGCAAAAUUUACAAUUAAACACCUCUAUGCAAGACAAUGAGCAUUUCUGUCCCUGUAAUAUUGGAGACCCCAGGGGAUGGGCUACAUCAUAUGUUAAACCGUGUGUCAUUGCCUUAAUCUUAGUAGCCUGCUUCGCAGACAUAAUAUUACCUCGGUUAGUAAUAUCCGGCGAAGCAGCACCGAUAUCCUUGUUCUAGACCCUGAACGAGGUAAACGAUUUACCAGAAAUGCGUUUCGAAUUUCCCUUCAAUAAAUCGACAAUGGCUUUUUAACAGGCCAAUCAUGCCACCUACCCGAAUCCUGUUACAUAUUUCGCCGUUGUUUUGCAGACAGAUUAGCUUGCGAAAACAGCCCUUUCUCCUCGCUCUUCGCCGCGGGGACGUUGCGCGAGGAGGAACGUCUGUGAUUACGCGACAGAAAUUCCAUACUGAUGAAGUAAAAUAUGUCCAGAAUCCGGUCAUGAGCGCUGAUUGGACGACGGAGUAGUUACAUUGUUUUAGCUACUGUUUACGAAUGACAGAAAAAAGACAAGACUACAAAGAUCAAAAUGUAAGCGCGAUGAAUAUAUAACAAAACAGUCGGACUAUGUUCUUCUCAAGCAGGCGAAUUUGAGUUUUGCUGGAGCUCGUUCGCAAGAGAAACGUAAAAUUGAAAAAAAUUGUAUUUGGAACACUAGGACUACCGGAAUUAUUAUGUUAACACUGAUCUACGUCAUCAGUACGGAAUAGCGCUUUACUCUAUUACUAAAAAUAGGUUUUGUCACCUUAGACCCCCCGCGUGACUCAGACAAAUGUUGCAUUCUACUCCAAGGCUUAGUAUGGGAAACAUACGUUUCCGACAUGAAAAUUGUUCAUAAAAUUCGCAGUUAGCGUUUUUAAAAUGUUUUUUGAGCAUAAUUCCAAUAUAUAAAAGGCACUACUGCUAUUGGGAGCAAAGUCUGGUCCAGUAACUCAAAUAAAUGGUUAAAAUCAGAAAAUAAAGCGACUCGAUCAAAGAAGGCUACUGAAAUCGGAUUCCUAGCUCUGUAUCUUAGGCAGAAAGCACCGCCAUGCACUGAAUCAUGACAUGACAUUAUUGGCUGUGUAAUAGUCCAAAACCGAAAUUGCUAAAGAGAAAAUCGAGUUUGGAUGUGCUUCUCGCAAGCCUGUGACAGAAUAUCUAAGGUGAAAAGCACACCAACAUUAGCACAAACCGGAAAUUGUAUAAGUUUGUGCUGUUGUUGUGCGGCCAGGUAGACCAUAUGAAUCCGCGACGAUUACUUUAGUACUUUAUAUCCCGUAGUACUAAGUAACGUAACAUAACCACUAGAAAAAAAAAUUGAGAAACCUUUGCCUGUAAAUUUAACCAAAUGCACCGUUUCACGCACAGCUAUGAAGCCCUGCUCUCCACACAUUUUAGCAUAUUUUUUUCCACAGCAAAUGUGACGCCGCAUAAGAAAUAAAACCACUUAUCUGUACAGUUUUUUCCACGUUUAACACUGUCUUGGCACGAGCAGUUAUGGGCUCCUAGCAUGAGUUGAUUAUUUUCAGGAUAUUUAUUAUCGAAACCAAGGUACAUUUUGUUUCCUUUAACGAUAAACAUCUUCAAAGACGACGAAAAUUUGUUGCUUAACGUGACUUUCCAGACUUUCUCAUACUAAACUCUUACAAUGGUCAGGUUUAAUGUCUGAGUCACAGCAGGGACCAGAAAUUUGUGACGUCAUUAGUAGAAAGCGCUAUUACUGUCGGCUGAGUCGCAGACGUUCCUCAUAAGUACGGAAUUUACGCGCUCGUUUGUCAGACGUCAUUUCGAGGAGAAACCAGUGGUGGCGUCGGCUGUUUUUUGAGGCUACUUUCCAGACAACGGUGUGGCAACCUAGCGAUUUAUGCAUGAGUGAACUAAAGCAGGAAAUAACCGCAUUACUGACUAAAACUGAAAGGAAGAAAUGCAAGAAUACGCAAAAAAAUACUGCUCGAUGGAUGUCAUCUACUUUUUGAGGAGUAUCUACAAGAAAAAGCGCCAUCUCAGUUUAUAUCCUGAAACGGUGACGAGAAACAGGCAGUGUUUUUGAAUAAAGUCUACUAGGUGGUAAGGUUGUUAAGAACUUAAAAAUUUUUUUUGAAUAAAUGAUACAACAAUUAUUGAAUUCAACUUUCGUAUGAUAUGGAGAAUUUGCAGAUUUAAGAGGCCAUCAUGCAUACAACAUUCUCUGCGCCCUGCAUAGUUUUUCACAUCAAAAUCAGCCAUAUUCAAUAAUUGUUAAUUAUUCGAUGUUUGUUUUUGACAGACAAGUCUUCACACAUUAAUACUGCUUGGAGACACUCUGGAGAUGUGGUUGGAUAGAGUUGAUGUGAAACCCAAGACAAUCGAGGAACGUAUCAAAGAUUGGAAAUCCAACGAAACCUGCAGCCUUCUUUUUCAGAGCGUUCUUAAAAUGACUCAGGAAGAUGGAGUCAAAGUGUUCUACCUCCGAGGAAAUCAUGAUCACGAGAUGGACGCCGAGACAGUUAAAACACUGAUGGGAGACGGAGUGGAAUUCAUUGAGGGGUCCCUCAUUUAUGUCAUCAAAAGCGACGAUGGACAGACGUACAGAAUCCGCUUUGGACACGGUCAUGACUGGGAUAUUUUUAACACCUACUCCCUUUCUCAUCCAGAUGACCCGUUGGGUGGUAGACCGAUCGGGUAUUACGUUACAAGGGCGGUCGCUACAGCGGACAAACACGAGAGUGAAACGGAAGAAGUAUGCAACAUAUAAGUAGUAUUUUACGGCUACUUAGCGUCUUGUUUGCCAUUCCUGUACUUCCGUAGUGGCGAUCAACUCCCUUCUACAAUAAAAACCUGCAUUAAUGAAUUCGAGAGCCCCUCUUUCUGCCUGUAGAGAUUCUUCUGAGGUAGCCUGUGCCAGGCUCUCAAAUUGUAGGAACGUUGCGAAAUUAUAACAAGGAGAAGGGGGCGAUGGCCCUCUCUCUCCCCAGGUAUGUCGCGUUUUUCGCAUCCGUUUUCACAGCACGACUGCUCUGCAUUACCAUUCUGGAGCCUGAAACAAGCUACUUCAGUCUAUUGUUAGGUUUACACAAGAGGAGAUUUUUCCGGAUCCGGAACAAUUUGGUACCGUAUUCAUGUUGCCAUUUAUACGAAGAUGGUUUCGAUCACAAAUAAAAUCAAAAAGCGGUACCGGUUUGAUCGUAUGACUGGAGAUUUUAAGUGAAUAGUUUGUAAACGAAUGAAGGCUCUUAGAUUAAAUGAUAUGUGAAAUCGUCUGUUAUAUUCCAAAUACCUUUCAGGAAAACUCCUUUUGUUAGUGAGAAAUCAGUCUGAAAAGGCUCUUGAAUAUUAUUUUACUUCUCUUGUUAGGUAAAGUAUUUAACUUAUGUACUAGGUGCUUAAAUAAAACUACAGCCUGGAUGUUGCUAAUCCACAAUAUUUUAUGCAUGGGUGUUUCUGUUUUAUAGUUUACGUUUCGCAAUAUAAUACUGAUUGCGGUAUUUUUAUUUCAUUUUCAACUGCCAGAUCAUUAUGAACAUCACAGCAGAGUUACUUAGUAGCAUCCGUUGUCACAUCACGGAAUCUUUUGUCAUGGAAAUGUUGGCCUGUUCCUUUGCACAGAAAAAGUUUACAAAGUCACUCAUUGAAAGAGCUUUGGGUCAACCUAUAUCAGAAGAUGCCUACAUUCAUCUAGAUGAUGGAACGGCUGUUAAGAUGAAGCAUGUGUUUGAUUAUCCUUACUUCAAGCGUGCCAUUACCAAGGUAACAUUAUUUCCACCAUAUAUAGCGAACCUUUUUAGUCUGAUUUGCUUCUGAUGUCUCACCUACUACUGGUGGUGAUUUUCCCAUGUCUUUUCGGUUAUUUCUUUUUGGUGACGUAUCCGGACCCCGUGACCCCAAACGCACUGACCACACUUCAAGUUUGAUAGUAACGUUAAGCUUUCUCAAACAUAUCGGAUACAGCUCCCAAUGCCCCAAUCACCUGUGGCUUUCUUCAGCUUCCACAACUUUCCUAAUUCUUCGCGACGAAAUCGGUACUUCUCUAUUUUUCCAGUUCUUUGUCUGUUACUCGUGGAUCUCCAGGGUUAGUAAUGUCCAUGAGCUUAUCCGAGUCCAAACCAUAGACUCUGGGAGGCAAAGAGGGUUACUACAUACUCGAUGGAGAGGACCCGCCUGAGAAGGUGGGCUGUAGAAAUGAGAGUUAUUUUCUGGAGUUCAUGUAUGUUGAUGUUGCCAGGGAUUUUGUUGGAGUGAUUCUCCGUGUCCUUCUUGAUGGUGCCAAGGGCUCCCAUAACCACUGGGACGGUUGUUGUUUUGAGCCCCCACGUUCGCUCAACUUCGAUUUCCAGUAUUUGGUAAGCGUUACCGUGGUUUUUUUUGACUGAGGAGUUGGUGUCGAGGGGUAUAGUCAUGUCAAUGAGAAGGCAGGUUUUAUCCUUGUUCUUUAGCACAAUGUUUGGCCGAUUAGCUGCUAUAGUCCUGUCAGUGUGGAUGGGCAUUAUUAUUAUUAUUAUUAUUACUAUUUUUUUUGUCAUGAAACAGUUUGGUUCCAGUAAGACUUUCAGCCUGCUCAAGGGCUCCAUGGGAAGAUUUAAUGAUUUUCUGUCACGUUGUGAAGAGGAUGUUAUCGUCCUUGCCCACACUCAUACCUGGAAAGAGGAUGAAAUUAAGGGCACCAAGAACGGAGGCUCAAUGUACGUCAACACAGGAACCUGGAUAGAUUUUGCGCACGAUGUGAGUACACUCACUCCCUCUCUGUGUUCACUCGACGGGAAAAAGAACUUUUCAUGUUUGAUUUGUGCCGCUCUCCCGAGUCCUUUCCGAGAGAGGUGGACAAGUGCGGGCUCAUUUCCCGAACAGCGGUUGUUACCGUGGUCUUACUUGAUCAAAUAUAAUAUCCAGAGAUUUUAAGCUCCUAGGCGACUGUCCACCAACCAAGGAGCUACGCGGCCCCUUACACAUAUGCAUGUAUCAGGCAAAGACAGAAAAACGAGGCCGCUUCAGAAUUUUGAUUUCGAGUUUUGAGUCAUGAUCUUACCUAUCAUUUUGUGUAAGGCCAAUUGCUCUAGUGUUGUUUAUUCUAAAACAUUUCCAAGGGCGUAGCCAGAAUUUUUCCAGAGGUACGCACAAUUUUCCAAAUCUCUCUAGCCCCCUCUCACUUUACAAUAUAACGUAGUCAUGCGUUACAUAUCUACCUUGCUGCUAUUUACGCGCUUUUUCGCGCGUUUCUUCAUUCGGGUGUUAAAAAAAAGUCCAUUGUUUUAGAAAAAUAUAUUUCAAAGAAGCAAAUAGAGUCAAAAGAAUUGAGGAAUAGAUAAUUGGCAUUUUUAUUUCAUAUUAUUAUAUUUUUUAUUUUCGACUUUUUCAGGUACGCACGUGCGUAACGUGCGUACAGGUAGCUACCCCUCUGAUUUCACAGUUACACUUUUGUUAGACCGAUAUUUACGGUGCGUUAAAACAUGCUUUUAAAUUCUCUUGCAGUUUUCCUUUGCCCACAUUGUUCCCCCGACGAAGGCUAAACCGGGCUUGGUUGAAGUCAGGCGACAUCAUUUAAAUCCAGCCGGAGGGGUUGAUUAA